AUGAAGCUUUCCAGUGCCGUUGGAAUUGCUGUAGCUGGGACUGCUAGUGCUGUCGUUUUUGUUUUUUUCCUUGUUGCCGUUGUUGUUGUCAAGUGCUGUGUCGUCCGUCUCAGAUCAGAUCAGUCUGAAAUCGACUUUAGAGAUCUCGAAUUGGCACUCAAUGGGAAGAAACAGUCACUGAAGGAGUUUUCAGAGACAACGGAUGAGCAGGAGCCCGAUUUGGGCCUGACUGUUCUCGAGUUCGACCCCAUUGAGUUGGAGAGUUUCGAUAGACAGACUGAUGGGCUUGGAGAUGAUGAACAAAGAUAUGAGAGAAUGAAUCUUACGGGCAGAAGGGUUGAUCGACUUUCGGCGAUCAAGCUCGUCAAUUAUUGUGGCUGCAGCAUUUCGACUCUGAACCAAAUUGACAAGAACGCAAGAAGCGUCUAUGCCCAUUACUUUUCAUUAUACGACCGCUCGCUUGUUGUUCAGAAUAUGGCUCAGGAGGUGCUCAACGGGCCAAAAGCUGUCACGGAAAUAAGAGACCAGCACUCUUCUGGCGUCAUCAAGGUGGGAAGUAUGGUGAUAGUGAAGACUCCCUUCACUGGGACAAAACGUAACCUCGAGUUCGAGUCCUUGGAACCGGGGCAGAUUUUGAAGGUGGUAAAAUUCUUUGUGAAGAAUCAAGUCAUGGAUAAUGUCGACGACAGGUCAAGCUUGUAUCAUUCUUGCCAUAGAUCCUCCUACCAACGAACCUCAGACUUGUCAUACCGAGCUGCAUUGGAUAGACAGAUCAGCACAGAAAGAGAUCUCAAGGAAGCUGGUCUUAUCUCACCCUGUCCUACAAUUGAGCCUGAAGUUUUGGAAUUAGAGGACCCUAACUAUCCGCAUAUAUGGUGCUCUGGUGCCCUCUUCAGAACAUACUUGCAUCAUGACAAAGCCACAGGCAUAGUUCAACUCAAAUAUAGAUCUGACGAGACCUCGAAGUAUCAGAUGGUAAGAGAUUUUCCGAUCUCAUGCGUGACUUUGGAGAGCAAUUUUCUCAACCAUGAGUCUACCGAAUCCGACGAAUGA